AUGCCAGCGGCAGGUGGAGGCGGCGCGGGCGGUUUGCUUGUCCAUCAGUUCAGUUGGAUGGACAGUCGGGUGCGACGCGCGGUGGUGUACGGUUCUGUUAUUUGUUGGCAUGUACCAGUGGGGACGCCAGGCAUCGGGGAGGGCAGCAGUGGGAGUAGCAUGGCGGAGGCGGCGUCCUUAAGUCAUAGUCCAAGAUUCCUGCGCAAAAAGCGUCGACUCUCGCGGUUACUGGACAAGCUGGCAGUCCAACUGCAGAAUAAUAAUCACUAUCCGCUCCCACCCUGGCUCAUGCUCGAACCUCCUUAUUUCGAACCGAAGGCGCCGGAAGAGGCUCCGCUUGAUCUCUCCGUGAAAUCAGAGACACCGAAAAUAGAACGAAAGGAACCGGCCGGCUACAACUGCGAGACUUGCGGCCAGACGUUCGCUGUUCACGACCGCCUUGCUAAGCACGUUGCUUCUCGUCACCGUGACAAAACACCCGAAGCUGCCCGCGCAUAUGAGUGCGAGAUUUGCCGCCGGCGUUUCGCCCGCUCCGAUAUGCUGACGCGCCACGCCCGUUUACACAGCGGCAUUAAGCCGUACUCUUGUUCAGCUUGCGGACAGGUGUUCUCACGCUCGGACCACCUGGCGACUCAUCAACGCACUCACACAGGUGAGAAGCCCUAUCGUUGCCCUGCUUGUCCCUACGCCGCCUGUCGCCGUGACAUGAUUACGCGUCACAUGAGGACGCACUCACGUCGAGCGCCACCCACCGAAAUCUAA